AUGGCGGCUCGUUUAACUCCAUCAUUGGGGAAAGCGACUGCUCUCACGCUGCUGCCCGCCUCGUGCUUCCUCUCCAGCCUGAAGUGCGAUCUCUCCUUCAACAACAGCCUCGGCUUUGUCCCUGUCGCCCUGCUCGUCUCUAUGCUUCCCAACGUGCCCUUCACCCAAGGCGUAUUGCACAGCACUCGUCUCUAUGCUCCCCAACGUGCCCUUCAAGCAGGGCGUAUUGCACAGCACUCGUCUCUAUGCUCCCCAACGUGCCCUUCAAGCAGGGCGUAUUGCACAGCACUCGUCUCUAUGCUCCCCAACGUGCCCUUCAAGCAGGGCGUAUUGCACAGCACUCGUCUCUAUGCUCCCCAACGUGCCCUUCACACAGGGCGUAUUGCACAGGUACGUGCUCGUAGCCCAUACCUUGUGGCCCUUGCCCCGUCCACCCUGUGCUUGUCCCUGCCCUGUCGCCCUGCUCGUCACUAUGCUUCCCAACGUGCCCUUCACACAGGGCGUAUUGCACAGGAACAUGCUUGUCUCCUCCCCUCCCCCCCUCCUGUGCUUGAUGCUUAUACCCCAAACCUUUCCCCUGUCGCCCUGCUCGUCACCAUGCUUCCCAACGUGCCCUUCACACUAGCCGUGUUGCACAGGUACAUGAAACUACGCAAGUGCCCUGCCUUCGUGGUCGUGCCUCCCUCCUCAACACGCAACCCCAAGAAACCCCUCAUUCCUCCCUGCCCCUCCAUUCGCCUCGUCACCACCACCCUGAACGUCAAACGGAUACCGGCAUACAGCGGGGCAUGCUUCACGGUGCACCUGUCAACCCUCACCAUCAAGAUAGGCAGCGGGCCUAAAGGCAUGGUGCGGCUGUCGCCUGGGGACGGCAACACGCAGUUUCCCGAGUCGCAGGAGACGCGUGGCCAGUCGCAGGACUCGUCGCAAAUGGCAUUCGCGAAAGCCUUACUCCAGCGGUUGCAAGCGCCGGGCGCGCACGUUUUUCUCCCAAACACCCCCUCUGCCGCCGCCUCUGCGCACCUGGCGCCGGAGUCCGCCGAUCCUCUUCCCCCUGCCCCCGCUUCCUCCGAUUUCUCCGCUCCACCCUUCCCUUGCGCGAAAAAAAGCAAUGAUGAGGCCAUUGCGUGGUAUCCACUUAAAGAGGUAAGCAAAAGGGAGGGGAUAGACGGCGGCGUGGGGAAGGGAAAAGAGGAGUUGAAGGGGGGUAAGGGGAUGGAGGAGGAGGAGGAGGAGGAGGAGGAGGAGAAGGGGAAGAAGGGGGAGAAGGGGAAGAAAGCGGGGAAAGGGAAGAAAGGGAGUCUGGCGAAGAUUCUGAGUGAUGCUUUCGGUGCUAAUGUGGGAAUAGAGGAGAGGGAGGGGGUUGAUUGCAUCGUGGGGGACAGAUUGUAUGAAAAUCGGCAGGAGCGGUUGCAGCAGGAAGGUGUGCGGGGAGGGGCGAAGAGUGGUGCUGCGGAGGUGAGGGAAGGAGGGAGGGAAGGAGUGGGUGGUGGUGAUUCGGCGUGUGGGAGAUAUGAACGGCUGGAUCGUAGGGAUGAGGGAGGAGGCGUCAAUUUGGACGGAAGGGAUAAGAGGGUAGGUGCGGGAGGAGGCGAGAGAGGAGAGGAGCAAGAGGAGGAGGAGGAAAGGGGGGGGAGAGGGGAGGUAGGGAAAAAAAGUGGGAGGAAGGUUCCUCCUGGUGGAGGCAAGGAGGAGGAGGACGAGAAAGAAGAGGAGGGACGAAUGGAAGACGAGAUGAAGACGGAGGUGGAUCAGGAGGAGGGGAAGGAUGAGGAAGGGAAGAAGAAGGGGAAGGAGGAGGGGAAGGAUGAGGAAGGGAAGGAGAAGGGGAAGGAGGAGGGGAAGGAUGAGGAAGGGAAGGAGAAGGGGAAGGAGGAGGGGAAGGAUGAGGAAGGGAAGGAGAAGGGGAAGGAGGAGGGGAAGGAUGAGGAAGGGAAGGAGAAGGGGAAGGAGGAGGGGAAGGAUGAGGAAAGGAAGGAGGAGGCAGAGAAGAAGGGAGAGAAGGAAGGAGAGGAAGAGAAGGACGACGGGAAGAUGGGAUUGGAACAAGAUGAGAGGAAGCAACAGGGCGAAGAGAAGCAGGGGGGAGUGAAGGAAGGAGAGGAAAAGAAGGAAGAAAAGAAAGAGGGGGAGGCAGAGCAGGGGUGCGAUAAGGAGGCAGAAGAAGAGGAGGAGGAGGAGGACAGUGAGGAUGGGGGCGGAGGCGAUACGACAAGGAAGAGAAAGCGCGAGGAAGAUUCCUCCUGGUGGUGGCGAGCUUUGGACGGACCUGAGGAGGAGGAGGAGUGGGUAGCAGGAGAGGGAGUGAGGAGGAAGUGGGGGAGAGCGCGGAGUGUGAGGGAGCUGCUCAGUGCCACGUCAGCAGUGGGGAAGAGGGUCGUAUGGUGGAGGAAGAAGUACAAGAAGAAAGGGAUUGCGGGGAAGGGGAAUGGGGGAAAGGGGGGAUGGGCCGGGCGAUUGCGGGGAAGGGGCAGUGCAGCAGGGACUGGUGCUGCAGGCAAUGCGGAAGCAGGGAAUGCUGCUGCAGGCAGUGCUGCGGCAAGCGACGGGAGCAAUGAAGCAGACGCGAAGGCAAGUGGAAAGCAUGGCUGGGUGACUUUUGAGUCGAGUCAGAAGGCACAUGGGAAUCAUGGCUGGGUGACUUUUGAUUCGAGUCAGAAGGCACAUGGGAAUCAUGGCUGGAAGAAGGCCGCAGCCGCAGGAAAGCAGUUGUCAGUGGUGACAAAAUUGGCAAAUGCAAGAAUGGCGGCAGCAGCUAUGAAGGCGUCAGCGGCAAAAAGGGGAUCAGCAGCAGGAAAGGCAGAGGGGAGGGAGGAGGAGGAGGAGGAGGGGGCGGAGGAGGAGGAGGAGGAGGAGGAGGAGGAGGAGGAGGAGGAGGAGGAGGAGGAGGAGGAGGAGGAGGGGAAGGAAAGGGGGAAGGAGGAGGGGACGGAAGGGAGGGAGGAAGUGAGGAAGGUUGGUGUGGAGAACGGGGUGCGGGGAGGGGAGGAAAGGGGGAACGGGAGCAGAGAAGAAGCUGAAGGAAGAGAGCCGGGAGGAGGGAGAGGAGGAGGAGAGGGAGGAAGAGAUAGUGGAGGAGAGAGAGGAAGCGAGGGAGGAAGAGGAGCCACAAGAGGGAAGAGGAAGUGGAGGGAGUGUGAGGAGGGCAGAGUUGUCAAAGGGGGUAAGAGACGUCUGAAGCAUUGGAAGGUGAGGGAGAAGGAGGAGAGGAAGGAGAGGGAGGAGAGGGAGGAGAGGGAGGAGAGGAAGGAGAGGGAGGAGAGGGAGGAGAGGAAGGUGAGGGAGGAGAGGAAGGAGAGGAAGGUGAGGGAGGAGAGGGAGAAGAGGAAAGAGAGGGAAGAGAGGAAGGAGAGGGAGGAGAGGGAGGAGAGGGAGGACAGGAAGGAGAGGAAGGAGAGAAAGGAGAGGGAUGAGAGAAAGGAGAGGGAGGAGAGGGAGGAGAGGGAGGAGAGGGAGGAGAGGGAGGAGAGGGAGAGGGAGGAGAGGGGUGAGAGGGAGGAGAGGGAGGAGAGGGAGGAGAGGGAGGAGAGGGAGGAGAGGGAGGAGAGGGAGGAGAGGGAGGAGAGGGAGGAGAGGGAAGAGAGGGAAGAGAGGAAGGAGAGGAAGGAGACGGAGGAGAGGGAGAAGACGGACGAGAGGGAUAAGAGGGAGGAGAGGGAGGAGAGGAAGGAGGAGGAGGAGAGGAAGGAGAGGGAGGAGAGGAAAGAGACGGAAGAGACGGAAGAGAGGGAGGAGAGGAAGAAGAGGGAGGAGAGGGAUAAGAGGGAGGAGAGAGAUAAGAGGGAGGAGAGGGAGGAGAGAGAUAAGUGGGAGAGGGAUAAGUGGGAGGAGUUGGAUGAGACGUACGAGGCAAAAGAAACCAGGGGGAGGGAGAAAAAGAAGGAGAAGGAGACAGAAGCGAGCAAGGAGAGGGACAGAAAGCAGGAUCAAGAGGAGAAAGGGAGGGGGGAAACAGCCACUGCUGCUGCUGCUGCUGCUGCUGCUGCUGGGCAGCAGCAGCAGCAGCAGCAGCAGCAGCAGCAGCAGCAGCAGCAGCAGCAGCAGCAGCAGCAGCAGCAGCAACAGCAGAAGGACGGAGGAAGCGGAAGAGGAAGUGGCUUGGAGCAUCAAAGGUGGAGGGUGGUGGAGACGCGCUGCUUCCCGGAACCUUCCCUGAUGAUGAGGGGCGGCAGGCAGCUGUUUCCAGUGCGCUGA